AGAAAUAUGAAACCUAAUUAAUUGAAAUUAAUUACUCUAUUACCAAGUUGCUCAGGAUCCUCUGGGACUGCUCAGACACCGAUGGCGUCCCAAAAAUUGGCUUCAGGACUCCAGUAAGUCAAUUAAUCAACUUGGGCAGGUAAGAUAUCCACUAGAGUCAAUUCCAGAUGUCUCUUCUCCACACUCCAAAGAGUUUUCAAUAUCUUAUUGAUUGGAAUGUAAUUCAAACGGUCAACUCUUGGCGUUUCUACGGGUGUCGGGUAGCAUUGAUUCCAAGUCUGAGAGGGAUCUUUACAUGUUUGGCCUUUCACCAGAAAUCAACUCUAUAAAGGAAAUUUUUGAAAGCUCAUGAGGUGGAGUCACUUUCUUAUUUUUGGUCAAAGAAUUCGAAAGAAUGCUCAUUCAUCUCCUUUCUGGGUAAUUGAGAUGCUUUACACGAGAGACCUAUUGAAGCCGACAAAGUUAAUGACAAUCAAGAGGUCAAACUUUCGAGCGAAGCUUUCACAGGUAACCACCGCUCUAUAGCGGAUAAUGAAGAUGUUUUUGUUGAACAUUUUUGCUCUUACUCGGGAGAUGAAUUUCUUAGCGAGAAAAGGACCCCCCCCCCCCCCCCCCCCCCCCUUUCAUCGAUCGAGGACCAUUGGGACGCUGAUACAAAUCAAAAUUUAUGCACCAAAUCUGGGUUGAUCACGGGGGAAAACAGAAAACUGUUUGCCUACUGUGAAUUUAAACACACAAAUUAAAACUUACAGGAAAAAAUAUCAAUGCUUGAAACUCAUGAUAACAAAUCGCAGUCACGUAUGAAAUUCUGCAAAAUUGACUGAGCUACUAGGACUUGUAGGGAGGGUGUUGUACUCCGAGUUGGCUGGGUUGAAGCUUUUUCUCCCUUUUGUUUUUCUGUAUGUCCCUUAUUUUCAUUUUCCCAUGUUUGUGUGUUGUAUUUACCUUUCUCUUUUAUUAAUAAAACUAUCUUUCCCCCAAAAAUGUAGAAAUUAAAUAUAUAUUACAUAUGUAAGUUUGGAGUAUCGAUCUUACACCGUUUAAAGUUUCAUAAAUUUAUAUAAUUUUUUCCUUUGACUGGAAAGGAUAUUUGAAACGAUUGAAUAAGACUAUAAGAGCAUCCCCAAUGUAAAGGCAUGAUCUUCUGCACAUUCUUACACAUGAGUUUCUUUUUUUAUCUCAAAGUUUUUAUGUGUAGUACUCACAUACUCUGUAUUUCCUAAUUUCUAUUCAUUUUCAUUUUUUAUAUCACUUAUAACUACUUUUCAUAUAGUUUCCCUUCUCGAAUCACGUGUAAAGUUCAUUUGUGGAUCUUGUCAAAGACCUAGGUCUACGUUUUACUCUAUCUAUCUCCUUCUUUUUACUUUUGCUUACACACCACUUCAUUUAUAUUAAAUUAAAAUAUUCAUUCUAUCUCUAUCUCUUUCCUAUGUCACGUUACUGCAAUUCAUUCUCCCAUUGAAGAUGCUCAGAGCAUCUCCAAUUCAACCAUGUGCAACAUGCAUAUGUGGCAUGAGAGAGAUAGACAUAAAAAAUAAAUCAUGAACAGGAAUCGCCUUGAAGAAAUGGGUGCGGCUAAGAAGAAGAAGCCGGUCAAGAAGAAGGCCAGGACCUCGACCUCUGAAACCACCCAUCCGGCCGCCCAAUCCAGUGCUUCUUGAGGAGGUAAACUUUGCUGAUAUGGCUGUAGAUCAGCCGUUCGAGGAUCUGCAUUCCAACCCCCUUUUUUACGAAUGCCCAGGUUCGUUCGAUGCUGCCAAUGCUGGGGCCGGACAGGCCUCUGUUUCAAAGGCCGUAGAGCCAAUCUCGCUGGAGGACCCAAUCCAUGCGAUUAUGAAACAAGGUGGAUGCCAUCCUAGUCGGCUUUGGAGUACCUCCGCCAUUAUGAAUGAUUACCAUCUCCCGCGACUGUCGGUCGAGCAGGCCGAAACAGGGGUUGCCCUGGCCACUCUUAAGGUCGGCUACUAUACUGUUCAACUCCAACUCGCUCGGCUGGAAAGAGAGGAGGAGUUGAUUAGGGCUCGGUUAUCUGUAGAGCAGGCUACUGUUGAAGUGCUUCAGGCUGCUGAUCAAGAGCAGAAGAAGUUCGAAGCUGGGCUUCGCCAACUAUAGGUGGGCCUUGACACCGCUCAGUCUAGGGUUCAUGCCGCUGAGGCCGCUCAGGUCGUUUUCAAGGAAAACGAACCUCAGAUCUCGGACGGUCAUCGGGAAAUAUUUGUUGAUUUAUCUGACGUCCAGGCCUCACCACUCGAUGAAUUCCGAUCCUUUGAGGAGUUUAUGAAAGCUGCCGAAGAGCAUGUACUAGCACAGGCGGGUGCCCUGUUCGGGAAGCGCCUGGAACGGUUCCCCCUAGGCCCGGCUCGCCUCGAAGAAGGGGUAAAGCUGAUCGACGAAACUGCGGUUGGCAAGAAAUGGGUCAAUGCUCUGGCCAAGGAUACCUAUGUCUCCGGCUGUCAAUGGGUCAUGGAGGGCAUGGUGCCCAUCCUGGAGAAACUCGUUGGUCUGCCGAUUGAGACUAAGGAAGUUUUCGAGGAUAAGGUCCUCUUGGCUUAGUUUGACAAAUUUCGUCGCAACUUGCAGAGGGAGGCCGACCGGGCCGCAGGCAGGGAGCCCGAUCCCCCGACUGAUGAUGAAGCCGAUGCUGAUGAAUCUGAAGGACAUGAUGCUGGCCAGUAGUUUAGUUUGAUACUUAUUUUUGUGUAUUCAACUGUCUCUUUUGCUCUUUUGAUCCUUAAUGUAAAU